GCCAUAAAUGUUAAACACAAUGUUUUUAUCUGAAUUGUGUCUGAAUCCCACCUUGAUGGUUUACAGAAGCUAAGUGGAACCACAUACGUAUUACUGCUUAUAACAUUUAUACUGAAUGAAUUCUUAGGGAUAAACAUGGGGAAAAGGUAUUUUAAUCCAGGCCAUUUCACUUCUUUCACUUUAAGCUCUAUGUCAUAAUAUGAUGAAUUUGUUGAGGUUAGGUUUUGUUCAAGAAAUUUUGUUGUAUUUGUUUUUGAAGUGACUGACGAGUGAUUGCACUUCUCCAGUGCUCCUCCAUUCGGAAUGUUUUUUUAUUAGUAUCAGCAGUUUCUGUUACUAAAUUCUUCUCUUGAAGGCAUAAGACCUCAAGUGCCGGAUAAGAAUUCGUAGGACAUGGAAAUUGAUAUGGAAAAAGAUGAUCCCGAUAACUCGGAAAGGACCUGGCUAGGAGCGAGUCUGGCUGAGUUAUAUAAAGGAAAAGGGUCAUGGUGUUUCAGCAUACCACCAGUAAAUGCUUCCAAGUAUCAUACCGUAUUGUACGAGUUACCCGCAACUUUGAAAGAGCCCCCAAAACCACACAUCUCUCAGUCACAGCCAAGUGAUGAUGAUUGUGUUCUAAUGCCACAUUCUGAGAAAAAUCUAUUUUCAACCAAAGAGGAUGGUCAGACGGUUAUAAAAUUGAGAUGGCACAUUAUAAAUGAAAAUUUAUUAAAACCAAUUAAAAAUAGUCAAGAACUGGAAUCUGCUAUAAACAGCUACUAUACCAGUUCUUUACCAAAAUUCACAGCCCUGCACUACUUUUUUGAACAGGUUUUAGAUCAUCAUGAAACCGACUCAUUUUUUCAAGGCCUUCUACCAAAGAUUAUCAACUUAGCCUUACAACUUCCAGAUUUAUUACCUCAAAGCUUUCUCCUAUUGAAGUCCAACCACAAUAGAUCUGUGAGUUUGUCUCAAUUGCAAGUAGCUACCUUAUUAGCCAAUGCAUUUCUGUGUACGUUUCCAUGGAAAAAAGGAAUGUCAACGUGUCCUGGGAUAAAUUUUAUGAGAUUAUUUGCAGCUAGCCAGAGGCCUAAAAGAAAAGAUUCUGUGAUGGAGAAGUUAAGGUGUCUCAUACAUUAUUUUAGAAGAGUUACAGAAAGAUGCCCUGUUGGUGUACUCACAUUUGAACGACGAUUUAUACAUAGAAGCACAAUGCCUAGGUGGGAUAUGCUAGAUAAUAUAAUAGGCAGAACGAAACUGCAUGUAAAUAGUGCUGGUACUAUCGAAGAUGAUGGCAUUGGUCUUUUACAAGUUGAUUUUGCACACAAGCUAGUUGGAGGGGGAGUACUAGAGUAUGGAUGUGUCCAGGAAGAAAUACGAUUUGUAAUAUGUCCUGAACUUAUUGUAAGUCGUAUGUUUGUAGAAGCACUUGGAGACCAAGAGGCUGUGAUAGUUACAGGCCCUGAACGGUUCAGUAAAUAUAAUGGAUAUGGUCAGGAGUUUAAAUGGGAUGGUAACUUUGUGGAUGAAACUCCCCAUGAUGAGUAUGGUCGGAGAAGAACGUCUGUAUGUAUGAUAGAUGCCAUACAUUUUAAGAAGUCGAAAGACCAGUUUUAUCCGUCGGCUAUGUUGAGAGAAUUAAAUAAGGAGUUGUGGAUGUUUUUCAGGCCUACGUGGGUUUUUCGUCAAGCAUGAAAGGAAACUUGUCUCCAGUAGCUACUGGAAAUUGGGGUUGUGGCGUCUACCGAGGCCUAUCAACGUUGAAGUCCCUCUUACAGUUAAUAGCAUGUAAUGCUGCUGAACGUGAUAUGGUGUAUUAUACUUUGGAAAUAGAGAGCUGAGAGAUGAUUUAUACAAUAUGUACCUAUUUAUUUCGAAGAAUAACAUCACAAUCUCUGAAUUAUGGCGAAUCCUUUGCAAAUUUUCAUCCUCAAAUGUGCCUGAGCGAAACUUAUAUUCCUUCAUACAACAGGCAUAUUUUGAUAGUAAAAAACAGCCUGAUUCGAAAAAAUCUGUUGGUGAAAAAAUUGAGCAACCAUCAACAUCAAGAGAAAGCAGUAGUAGAGAAAUACAACCACCUCAGCCAUCACUGACCACAAAUACUAGUGGUUCAAGUAAAAGUGGCACUGAUAUAAGGGAUUUUUUCGGACCCGGCAAGGAAAAACAACCAUCUUCAAAUACUGCAAAAAGUGAAGACGGCCCAAAAAAUGUCGAGGCAAGCAGGGUAACUGAAGAGACUUGUGAUUUUGAAGAGGAUAUCAUUGAGGGUACACCCCAACUACUGUGACAGACUUUAAAUACAAAAAGAAAACGAAAAUAAAGGCAAAAUUCACUGAGGAAGAAAUUGUUCAGAAAUUGCCAAAGACAGAUAUAGCCUUACUAAUGGAUGAUUUGGAAGGCGUCUCCAAACCCAAAAUGAAAAAUCACAACCAGAUUCUCUCUUGACGCAGAUUGAUAAGAUGCCGAGAAAGACGAAAGUAUUGAAAGUGGAGGAUCAAACACUUGUUGCUAGUGCCUUUACUAUUGAUGAAGAAAUGGAUGUUGAUUUCGCAGAAAUGUCGACAAGCAAAGAGGAGAACAAAACACCGAAACGUAAAAUUUCAGAUUAUUUUAAUAUCAAAUCCAAAAAUAACUGAUUGUAAUUUAUUUUGCUAAUCUGUAAUGUUAAAAAAAACUUAAUUCCU